AUGGGGCCUCCGUCCCUGGCCGUGGCCGCUCUCCUGGGGCUGGUGGCCACCGUGCUGGCGGAAGUCACCGACCGCAUCUGCCAGCCAGCUCCGCUGUGGAAGAUCAAUGGGACGGUCCCGAUGGACGAGGCGCUGGGGCAGGUGACGGUGGUGGCGCUUUUGAAGGCCAGCUGACAGUUCUGUCUCAAGCAAGCUAACAGCCUUGGCGGCUUGCGCGAGAAGCUGUCCCGGCAAGGGAUGGCCAACGUCAGCUACAUGAUCGUGAACGAGAAGGCGCCGCUGUCCCGGGCCAUGUACUGGGAGCUGAAGCGCCAGGCCCCCGAGGGGGUGCCCGUGUACCAGCAGGGGAUCCUGGACCCCGACGUCUGGCAGAUCCUGGAUGGGGAUAAGGACGACUUCCUCAUCUACGACAAGUGCGGCCGCUUGGUCUUCCACAUCUCGCUGCCCUACAGCUUCCUGCACUUCCCCUACGUGGAGUCCGCCGUGCACUUCACGUACACCAAGGAUUACUGCGGGAAUUGCAUCCACUACUCCAACAGCACCCAGCAAGAGGCGAACGGCACAGCAGAAGGUCAGGUGAAUCCAAGCCUGGCCCCCGAACAGGAGAAGGAAGAGGAGCCGUCCACCCACGGGCACGGCAUCCACCCCACACCCCACCACGAAGCUGAUGGCAGCGAGAAGGCCUCGGUCCUGCAUGGCAAGGCUGCCCCUGUUCACAGCCACCAUCACGAGGGGCACAAGCACCAGGCGCCAGCCGCGCAGGACGAGGAGCGGGGAGUGCAUUAGCGAGGGGUGAACACGGGGAUGUGCAGACGCAGCGGGUUCACUUCCACGGGACUCGGGACUCCUUCACCCUCGCUGGCCCUGUCUCCCAUGCUCACCAGUGGAGGGCACGGUGCUGCCUACCACCUUCCGGGUCCUGAUCCCUCGCCCAGCCCCGCUGACCCUCCCCUCCUGUCAGCAUGCCCCCUCUCAGCACAGAGGCACCCACCGUGGGGCUGCUUCUGACCCCUUCCUCCCUUGACUCGGGCCUUUUCUGCGCUCAAUGAAGCCUGUGGUGCAACCCGGGUUCAUCCCCGGUCGCCGUGGACAGAUGCUGUGUGGAAAAGCAGGGCCAAGGGUGCAGGAGUCAGAGCCAGCGUUGGCUGGAGGAGGCAACGGGAUGGCUACAGCCUCUUCCCUCCUCCGCCCCACCACCCUCGGGCAACGGCACGCUGAAGGGGAAGGGGGCAGGGGUGAUGGGACAGCCCCUCCUGGUCCAUUUCUCCUCCCCGAAGCUCCCCCAGGCCUCAUUUUCCCCCCACUUCUCUUAGCAAUAUUUGCCCGGUGUGACGGGGGAGAACAUGGCUCCCGCCCUCUGUGUCCCAGCUAUAAAUAAAGGCAGUGGUGGCAAGUCGCCGCAAGGUGGCACCCACGUCCUCACCAAGCCACGGCCAGGCAGGCCACGCCAGGGCGAAGAACGAGGGUGCAAAUAAAGUGCUGCGAAGUGA